CGGCCAACACAAUUGCUCUCCGUCAUUUUGACGCGAUGCUUUUCAUGGUAACUUACCAGGGAAACCAAAACUCUUUAAACAGCGCGUGCUCAUGCGGCACACACAGCUAGCAAUGAUAGGCCGCAUUUUUCAAUGGAAAGUCAUACUUUGUUUUUGUAUCAUCGUCUGCUUUGCGUCAGUUUUCCUCAGGUUUGAAAACAAGCUUGCACUCCUCGAGUCGUCCCGCUUAAAACUGACUGACACGGUUGGUAGGCUACAGCUGUUUUACCUCAAUGAGCGGCUGCAUGACUUCCCACCUGUGCAAGAGAGUCGCACGGAUGCACCCUUGGAUGACUUUGGGCUACCUGAGAAAACAAUGGACAAUCUUGUCAUUUUGUACAACCGGGUUCCCAAGACUGGCAGCACCAGCUUUAUGGGUGUUGCAUAUGAUUUGUGUGCUACCAACAAGUUUCAUGUGCUCCACUUGAACACAUCUAAGAACAUGCAUGUCAUGUCACUCCCAGAUCAGAUUAGGUUCGUGUACAAUAUUUCCCUGUGGCAGUACAUGAAGCCUGCCAUUUACCAUGGGCACAUUGCAUUUCUCAAUUUUGCAAAGUAUGGGGUCACCCAGAGGCCCGUCUACAUCAACCUCAUCAGGCGGCCUCUGGAUCGUCUCGUCUCAUAUUUCUAUUUUCUCAGGCAUGGGGAUGACUUCAGGCCUUACUUGGUCCGCCGAAGACAAGGAAACAAGAUGACUUUUGAUGAAUGCGUCGCCAAGAAAGGGGCGGACUGUGCUGAAGAACGGCUGUGGCUUCAAGUGCCAUUCUUCUGCGGCCAUGCUGCAAGAUGCUGGAUUCCGGGGAACCCGUGGGCCUUGGAGCAGGCAAAGCACAAUCUUGUGAACCAUUAUUUCCUUGUCGGGCUGACCGAACAGCUGCAAGAAUUUGUGGUCAUGCUUGAGGCGUCUUUUCCCCGUAUAUUCAAGGGAGCCACUGACAAGUUUCUAACAGGGAAGAGGUCACACCUUCGGAAAACCUUCAACAAGGUGCAACCAAGCCAGGAGACCAUAGAACACUUCAAGCGUUCGCCAAUCUGGCAGAUGGAGAAUGAGUUCUAUGAAUUUGCAGCUGAACAAUUCGAGUUUGCCAAGAAGCGGACAUUAGUGGCAACUCAGGAUGGGCAGCUGACAGAGCUUGGCCAGCAGUUCUUCUACGAGAAGAUUCGUCCUAAGUGAUCAGUGAUCGUGCAAUGUGUGACACUUUGCCUGGUUUGAAGCCAGGACUGUCUUAACCAGGCAGAUUUCAUCAGGCCAUUUUUUCCCGGGGUUGUGCAAAUGCUUGACGCUGGUUCUUUGUAUUGAAAGCCAAAAUCAUGUGCGAGAGAGUAGGCAGGUAUCAAACCAUUAAUCAGUAUGGUCUUUGGUGCUAGACUUUGACAGCAGCAUAUGCCUGCACCAGCCUUUUCAAAUGUGCGCAUGGCGCUGCUCUCAGUGGUUAAAACAUGUGAAAAAAGAAAAUGGAAGAUGCUUCAACAUGCUGGUAACAUUCUCAUCAUUUAAUUUAAAAAAGAUUAAUUUUAAGUUCUAAAGGUCAUUUUAAUGGCAGACGUUUAUUCUGAAUAAUCAAAACAUGUAAUCGUUGAAAUUCGUGAUUAUUUGGUGGGAGCAAGAUGUCGUCAUUAUAGAAAAGUCGUGUCAAAGUUAUUUGUGGUACAAUUGCAUAGUCAUUAGUCAGGCAUGGCCAAUGUAAACAGGUCUGUUUUAACUGGUUUGAAGUGCUGCCGAGGCAAGCACCCAGGUGAGAUGAUUUAGUCUGCCUGCCAUUUUUAGAUAAAUUAAAGUGGAUCUAUUGCCAAGGGUUUAAUCAGGGUUCAGUGUUUUUAGCUAGAGACAAAUAACAGCAAAAAAUGUAUAUUAACUAACUUUUGAAACUCGUUUUUAAAGCCCACCCCACCCCCCCUCCAAUAAAAAAAAGUCAAUAUCCACGGGCAGUGUAUAAGAUAAAAAAAAACUAGACAUGUCGGCAAUUAUGCUGAACCUUCACAAGUUUCAUCAUAUAGAAGCUGUCUACGCUUACUGUAGAAGUGGUGGGCAUUAGUGUAUUAGGCAUUAAUGAAGUCCUGCUGAACAAGAAGUCAGGUGCAAUUCGUGGAUGUGGUGGCAAUAUUCAAAAGGGGGUGGAAGGCAAAAACACUUGUGGGUGGAGAUUUAUUAGCAUUCUAAGGAAACCCUGGGAGUGCAAAAUAUUCCAGUGCCCUUCACUACGUAGUCCCUCAUAGGCAUAACUUUUGAGCAUUAAACCUUACAAAUUAUAAUUAUUAAAUGUGUAGCCUUUGUUCAAAGUGAGGAGCUGCUUGUCUUGUUACGAAUGCUCGCUCAGAAUUGUAUGGUGGCCUUUUGCUGUAGCAUUCUCAGUGCUCCAGAGUGGUGGAAACUGAAAACAAAAGCCUUCAUUACUUGGACAGUUAAGCAGCAAGAGAGCCACGUGAUACGGAGUUCACCAGAUGACUCGGCCAGCACUUGUCACACAACCAGUGGGUUAUACAUAUUUCACAAAGGCUGUACGUGCACAUAUAUUAUAGGGGAAAAACAAAGGGAAAAAAACACUAACUGGUGUGGUUAGAGUGAAAAAAGAAAGGUUAAGGUUUCCUCUUCCACGGCUAUGUGACAGCCAGUCAGGUACACGUUAUAUUAUUUUCGUGCUUUUUUGCACGUUUCAUCAGACAUAAGCGUACCCAUUACUGUAGCGAACUAGUUGCUACUUGUGCUGUGCUUGUUGCCACAUCUUCGCAAACAUUCCUUUUAUGGCGUUUUAUCUAUGGCUGCUUAAUAUUAGUCGUAUUGCCUCAGCAUCACCGUUUGUUGUUCAGUAGUAACUGCAACUGCUUCACCAUAUAGAAAAUGACAAAAAAAAGGAAGCACAAAGGUCAUAUGUAACACAUCAAUUCUGUCUUGACGUGGCAUGCAUGCAGCUGGGGAAAAAUCUGACCGAUCUUUAUGUAAAUAAUCAAGAAAAAGUGUAGUUUGACUUAACUAAUGCCAUUGCUUAAAUAAACCCUUAACUGCCUUGUGUAAGAUAAAGGUCACUAAAGAAUAUGGCAAAUUUCUUGCAAGUAAAAGCCAGAAAUCCUGAACCCUAUAUGGUACAGUAUGCAGAAGAUAAAGAUAAUGUUCAAUAGCCUGGCAAGAGAACAAGUAUUCAUGAUUGCCGGUCAGCCUCAAGAGUCUGUAAAGGAGUACGUUCACCUAGGUCAGUUACUCACAGGGGACCCUGAUCACGAGAAAAAUUUACAGAAGAAUAAAAUUGGGUUGGAGUGCAUACGGCAGGCAUUGCCAAAUCCUGACUGGAAGCUUACCACUGUCGUUGAAAAGAAAAGUGUACAGUCAUUGCAUUCUACCGGUGCUAACAUAUGGGGCAGAAACUUGGAGGUUAACAGAGAAGCUCGAGAACAAGUUAAGGACCACACAAAGAGCGAUGGAACGAAAAAUGUUAGGCCUAACGUUAAGAGACUUGGGAAGAGAGCGAUGUGGAUCGGAAAGCAGACAGGGAUAGACAUAUUUUAACUGACAUUAAGAGAAAAAAAUGGAGCUGGGCAGACCAUGUAAUGCGUAGGAUGGAUAACUGGUGGACUAUUAGAGCUACAGAAUGGUAUACCAAGAGAAGGGAAGUCCAAUUGAGGACGGCAGAAAACUAGGUGAGGUGAUAAAGUUAGGAAAUUUGCAGGCACAAGUUGGAAUCAGCUAGCGCAAGACAGGGGUAAUUGGAGAUCGCAGGGAAAGGCCUUCGUCCUGCAGUGGACAUAAAUAUAGGCUGAUGAUGAUGAUAUGGUACAGUGCAUCUGGCUCAGAUAUGCGGGUCUAGUUUUUAGCUGAUGUCAUAUUUGGAUGGGGCCGAAACUAGAACCUCUUGAAGCUGAAUGUUGCUUUGAAGAAGUCCGACAUUGCUAACAAAAUCAUAAGGCCAACAAUGGCCAUUUCUUUGGUGCAUCUGCACUGUGGUUUGCAGCUGUUUGGUCCCAGCUGCACUUUGGUUUAGCUAUAGUUUUUAGCUUAGGCUAGUUACUAUGCUCUAUUUUAUUUAGUUUACUGUAUGUUGACUAAGCAUAAUUUUUUAAUUUGGGUUUUUGUAUACCCAGGAAAGGAAGAAAGCCUUUCGUCUAACCACAGAAAGAGUUCUACUUUUGUAGCCCCCUUCAAUUUCUGGUUUUAUUCUUAGAUGUUUCAGUGUGUCUGCAUUUCAACUUCUGUGCUUGCUUCAAAUAAGCUUAUUUGCUCUAAUCAACUUGCAUUACAUUCCUUGCAUUAAUUUCUGCUUACAGUUCAGCUCAUUUUGUUGUGAGACGUGUUUUCGCCUUGCUUGUUAUUAAGGCCAUAUUAUAAAGCAGGGGUUCCGAAACUUUCUGCCCUUGGGGAACCGCGCUUGCCUUCCCAGAGUGCCACUGAACCCCUCCACCCCUUACUUCUUUUUUUCACCAAUAUGCUUUUCAAGCAAAGAGUCUAGAACGCCGGUCUUUCUCACGAAGACUACCGAAGUAUGGAUGUGGUGGUUUUAAUUGUCAAAUUCAAGCUGUAAUGUAAAAAUCCACUGAAGGGGGAUGCGGUGGGAUUCCUUUUGCCCACUUGUGGAGCAAAGAAAUGCCAUUCGCGGAACCCCUGGGUUCUGCAGAACCCAGUUUGGGAACCCCUGUUACAGGGGGGCCCUCUGACAGUGCAUUUUGUUUGUUGCAUGCAUGAUUAGGGUGUGGUAAUGCUCUCAGCACAUAUUGAGAGCACAUAUUUUUUCACUUGCCUUGUGAAGGAACUUUGGGAUGAAAUCUCUAGCUAAAGCAGCAGAAAAACUUGGAACUCUGUUAUAGCCAUUGCCUAAAUAUUUGCCAAUAUCUUGUGGAAGAAGUGUAGCUGUUGUGCGAGUUUGUACAAUGCCUUAAUUUGUACAAGAAACUGAGUUCAUGGUGAUUUCAACAUGCUGCAGGGGCUUUAAGAAGCUGACAUGGUGUCAGUGGGAUCAUCUCCCAUGCCUGUAGUGAUUGAUUAAAUGCACAGCUUAUCAUUGAAAUUUAGAUACGCUAACUGAUUUA